GUAGACCCAGUUAAUCUCGUUGUCAUAAAGAUAUAAUAAAUCAUGUCAAUAUAAAUUAAUGUUGAUAUUUCUAUAAAUGGCUUUUCGACCUGCAGCUUUUAACACUCCAAAUCUUUGAAAUCACUUGAACUUUUUCUCUCUCUGUCUCUCUAUCCCCCCAUCCCCCAUUUGCCAAAUCAUCCGGUUCUCAGUUGUAAUCCAUCGGACAGCCUUUAAUUACAUCUGAUGUGAAAAGACCAGGUCAAUACUUUCCGACAGGCCGUGCAAAAUAAAGAAAUCAAUAAGCUUCUGAACCAUGGGGCGAGAGGAGGGGGAGUCCGUUUGCUCCACCCAGAAGUAUGUUGAUCAAAUCCGUGGGACAAGCUGAUGCUUAGAUAUUUUAAAAUAGUUGAUGUUUAGAGUUGAGGUUAUUUGUGAGCUAUCAAACUCCAACCGGUGAUCUCUGAACCUGUACGAUGAGUAACGUGGAGAUACCAGCUGGGUUGAAAGAGCUGCUGCAGGGAUACGCAGUCGAGGUGCUUCGCCGCAAGCCGCCGGACUUGGUUGAAUUUGCUGUGCAGCAUUUUACACGACUUUUGGAGGGCCAAAGAAACGACCACGGAGCCAAGAAGCGCAGCGCCAAACCUGCAGGGAAAGGAGUGACCUUUGACACAAAGUCAAAUGAGCCCAAACAGGUUGAUGAAGAGGAGGAGGAAGACACUGUUAAGUCCACCACCAGUAAAUACAAUCGCAGAGUUUCAGUUUGUGCAGAGGCGUACAACCCUGAUGACGAAGAGGACGACGAUGCAGACCCUCGGGUUGUGCAUCCAAAAUCAGAUGAGCAGCGUCUCAGACUUCAGGAUGCGUGUCAAGACAUUUUACUGUUUAAAACACUGGAGCAGGAGCAGUUCUCUGAGGUUUUGGACGCCAUGUUCGAGGUGUUGGUCAAAGCUCAGGAGCACAUCAUAGUCCAAGGAGACGAUGGAGACAACUUCUAUGUCAUAGAGAACGGUGUUUAUGAUAUUUUUGUGCAGAAGGACAGAGUGAGUGUGUGCGUUGGAAAGUAUGACAAUAAGGGCAGUUUUGGUGAACUGGCUCUCAUGUACAACACGCCGCGAGCUGCUACAAUCAUUGCUACACAGGACGGCGCCCUGUGGGGCCUGGAUCGAGCCACAUUUCACAGACUGAUUGUUAGAAAUAAUGCGAAGAAGAGGAGGACGUAUGAGACCUUCAUCGAGUGUGUUCCUCUUUUGAAGUCUCUUGAGCUCUCUGAGAGGAUGAAGAUUGUAGAUGUUGUGGGAGCACGAGUGUUCAAAGAUGGAGAGUGCUUAAUAACGCAGGGGGAGGAGGCCGCCUGUUUCUACGUUGUGGAAUCAGGAGAGGCGAAGAUAAUGAUAAAAAGCAAAAUGAAGGCAGUCCAGCAGGACAACAUAGAGGUCGAGGUGGCUCGUUGCUCUAGAGGGCAGUAUUUUGGGGAGCUGGCACUGGUCACCAACAAACCUCGUGCAGCAUCAGUUUACGCUGUGGGAGAAACCAAAUGUUUGGUAAUUGACAUCCAGGCUUUUGAGCGUUUGCUGGGACCCUGUAUGGACAUCAUGAAGAGGAACAUUUCCCAGUAUGAAGAUCAGCGGGUGGCACUUUUUGGCUCCAGUGUAGAUUGAAACAAGGGCAUACUUUUAAAAUAAAGCAGUAUUUAAGUACACAGUGAACUCCCCUUGAGGUAAAUGUAAUUUAGAGCCUUCCUUUUUAAAUCCAGCAACAUGUAUUGAACUCCUAGACUGUCAGACUCACGAUUGUCAGUUUAAAAUGAUAUCAACAUUAAUGCAGAACCAGAGAAAUCCAAUUGUUUUUGUUCAUUUUCAAAUAUGUAGUCUGCAGAACCAACUGAAGCGUUGAUCAACAUUCAUGCAGCGCCCUUUGGAGACACAAUAGUGUUCACAUAUGUAGUAAUAUUCCCCAGACUUUGAGAUGUAAAGUAAAUAUUAGAAUCGCAAAUAAAUUAAUCCAAAUUUUUUUAUAUAUGGAGGCACAGUUCUGCAAUUGUAGUUUCCUUGAACAGAAUUCAUGGUAAUUUGUCGUUAGUCACUGCUUGAUUAUUUGAUCAAACAAAGGUGCCGCACCAUUUGGCUUUUGAACUCAGCAAACAACCCCUUCUGAUGUUGUAUGGUAUGAAAUGUAACCUUUUUUUUUAAUAACUGGCAUGUCUUGAGCAUUAACGUUA